CAUCUCGCGUGCUGCAAGACGUCGUCACGUGAACUGCCUCGACCAAUCAGUCGCGCUUGCGCGCGCGUGUUGCCUGUGCGGCGUGGGAAUUGCAAUGCGAGUUUCUUGGGCUUCGGCGGGGUAAAGGGGAAGGAGGCUGUAACCAUGGCGUCCGCGGCUCAGGCGAAGGCGGUGGAGCUGCAGCUGCAGAUGCGGCACAACGCCGAGGAUCUGCACGACUUCCUGCGCGACAUGGAGGCGUGGGAAGGCGACAUCAAGAUCAGGGACGCGCAGUUGCGAGGCGCCCAGGCCGGCGGGGAUGCGGCGAGCGCGCAAAACUUGCCGCCAGUGAGAAAUAAAGAUCUAAGGAGGAAGAAGAGAAAGAAGAUAGAUAAUACCGCUUCAGAUUGCAUAGAGAACGGAGUGAAGCAUGGGAAAUCAGAGGCCCGCAUCAAAUCUUGUGACUACAGUGCAUGGGACAAGUUUGAUGUGGAGAAGGCAGCGGCAGAGGCGGACCGGGGCAGCACGCCCGAGUGCGAGACGGAGGAGGACGAAGAUGAGGAAGUGGCAGAGCAAAAGCAGUACGAGGAGCUGCGGGCGAAGCAGCAAGCGCUGAUAGAGAAAGACAAGGGUAAUGAGUACUUUAAGACUGGGGAUUAUGACGCCGCCAACGAUUGUUACACCCGCGGGAUGGAAGCGGAUCCUCACAAUGCACUCUUGCCGGCCAACCGUGCGAUGGCCUUCCUCAAGCUAAAGAAGUAUGAACUGGCUGAGUCGGACUGCAACCUGGCCAUCCAGCUGGAUCCAUCCUACCCGAAGGCCUUCGCACGCAGGGGAGCCGCACGGCUUGCACUCAACAAACUGAAGGAAGCCAGAGAAGACUUUGAAGCAGUGCUCACGUUUGAUCCUGUAAACAAACAAGCCAUUGCAGAACUGAAGAAAAUCAAAGAGAUGAUUGAGAAAACAGCCAAGUCUGGCGCAAGUCAAACAUCAGUCACAACGCCAAGACAAGACGCGGCGGGGAUCAGGGAAAGCACAAGUGUUUCAGUCACAACUCUAAAACCCGAAGCUGCUGAGACAGAACCCAGCAAUGUCGUCCAACCAUUCACAAGGCAGCCGCAUCUGAGGUCCAAGAAACCGCUGCGGAGGAUGACGAUCGAGGAAGUUGGGAGUGACAUGCAGCCAAAAAUGGUACAAAGCGUGGAGGGGACUGGCUUAAACGCAGAAGGCGUUCACACACCACCAUUACCGCCACAGCCACCACCACCAGCUGCGCAGCCGCAGCCAUCGUCGGCGGGCGUGCGAGACUGUGGGAAGGAGGAAAAAAAGGUUCAGGCGUCCGUGAAGGUGGCAGACGGGGAGGAAGCGGAGGCGACCGGUGGAGCUGUUGUUGGAGAUGAGGGGGACACACGGCGUCAUGGCAAUCGGAGAGUGACGGGCAGCGAGCAGCCUGGUGUGAUCUUGUCGGUGGCAGCAAGAGACGAGGGGAGGACACAGCAGAGACUGCCAAAUACACAGAAGGGCACGCCGAUGACCUCUGACCUAGCCCAGACUGUGUCCGUGCCUCCGCCCCCGUCCAACUCCUUCCAGCUGGAGUCCGACCUGCGUCAACUUAAGGGACGUCCGAACCUCCUUUACCAAUAUAUCAAGCAAAUAGCGCCGAUCGCAUUUCCCCAAAUAAUGCAGCAGCCUCUGGAGCCAGAUGUAUUGUACAAGCUGCUCAACGUGCUCAAGGAGUCCUACAUCCCAGGCUGGGAUCGGUUGUCAAGGGAGGAUUUGAGAAACACGAAGACAAAGCGCUCAUCUUCGCGGUGCUGCACAACCUCUCACUCGUGCGUCGCUUUGACAUGGCUGUCAUGUUCAUGUCCACAACAGAGAAGGCCGUCGCCCGAGCGUUAUUUGAUCACAUUGCGUCAGCGGAGGACAUCAGUGGCGCAAGUGUGACUGCUUUGAAGACAAAAUACAGCCUCUGAACUGGCCCCAUAGACCCCUGUUUGCAUGGCCAGUGAAAAAACAGAGCCAGUUCCGACUUAACACGCUGGAGCAUCCCAAUCACUGUGAAGCCUGCUCCUCUGGUCUGUGACUUCGCUUGGACGCACCGUUUGAGCUCCACCCAAAAAGAAAAAAGUGACGUGUGUAAUUUUUUUUUAUUAAUUGUAAAUUGGAAUAGUGGCCAGGCAACCACUCAAGCUGAUGGUUGAAUUCAUUGGUAACAUCUUUCAUGACCGUAUGUGUGGCGUGGUUGUUUUUUUUAUUUUAAUAAAUGAUUCCCAAGUUACUGCA